AUGUCUAAAAUCACCACAUUCACAUCAUACCAAUCACCUUCAGAAUCAAUAGACUCCAUAUUACCAGACUUAUCUCAAUUCAAAGGACUUGAUCAAUCCAAUGCUAUAAAACAAAGUAAAAUAGGUGCAAUCCCAAUAUAUAAAAAUCAAUUACAUUUAAUAAAUAAUAAUAAACAAAAUCUUAAAGCUUUUAAAGAAACCGAUGAAAAUAAUGAAGUUGAUCAAAUGAGUGUUACUAAAGAACAAUAUGAAUUAUCAAAAUUCUUAGAAUUAAAAUCAUUUAAACCUCAAGGAUUAAAAGAUCAAUUAAUGGAAAUUGUUAUAAAAGGAGUUAAAAUAUUAAAUAAUUUAAUAAUUGAACAAGUAUUGAAUUAUUUAACCACAGGGGAAUAUGUUUGGAGUUGUAUUGAUGGGAAUAAUCAAGAUAAGAUUAUAUUCAUAAGGUUUAUUAAUGAAGAUGGUUUAGUAAAUUUAUCUCAAAUUAAAAAAUUUUUGGGAUUGAAUGGAUUUAAAUAUGAUGAUUCUCAAUGGGAAAUUUGUAUUGAAGAUAAUACUGAAAAUUUGAUAAAUGAUUCACAAAUAACUGUUGAUAAAUUGGAUCAAGAAGGGUUAAGGAAUAAGAUUAAUGAAUUAUUAGAAGGGUCAAAAUUAGAAAAACCUAUAGAUCAUGGAUUAGAUUAUAAAAUUGAUGAAAUGGAAUUAAUUGAUUUACCACAAGAUGUAUUACCACAAUUAUAUAAAGAUAUUAAAGAAUUUAGAUUAAAAGUCCUUGAAAAUGAACGUAAAAAACGUGCUAAAGAAUCUUUGGAAGAAUUAAAAAGGUCAAAGGGUCAAUUAAGAAAAUUAUUUGAAAAAUUUCAAAAUGAAGAAAGUGAGAUUGUGGAAGAUGAUGAUGAUAGUAGUGAUGAAGAUGAUUUAAAUGAUGAAGAUUAUGAAAAGGAGCAAAUUAAUUUACAAAAAGAAGAAAUGUUAAAGAAUUAUAAUAAUAAAUUGAAAGUAGUUGAACAUGAAGAAUCUUAUAAUCAAGAAUUAAUUGAAAAAUUUAAUGAUUUAAAUAAUUAUGAAAGAAGUUUAAAUAAAGAUAUUAAUGGUAUGGAAUUAGGUCAAUUUAAACCAUCAAAUAGAGAUAAAAUCAUGGAAGAAGAUAUGGAUUCAAAAGAUCGAGAAGAAGAAAAACAUCAAUUAGAGAUUAAAUCUCAAAGUAUGAAUUUCUUGGAAAGUAUAAAUAUAAACAUUCCAUUAAAACAAAAAGAACAAGUUACUAUAGAUGACUUGGAUGAAUCACAAUUGGAACAAGUAUUAACAAGAUUAAAACCAAUUAUUAACCAAAUAAUUCAAGAAUUCUUAGGAACACAAGAAGAUGAAUUAUUAGAAUAUAUCUUAGAGAUUAUUAAAGAUACAAAAAGUAAAGUUGAAUUAAUUAAAGAAUUAAAUGAAACAUUUGAUGAAGAUUCUAUUAAAAUUGGUGAUAAAAUAUGGUUAAACUUGGAAGAACAGAUAACAUUGUUAUAA